UUAGCACGUUAGCAUGUCGGCGGCGCUCGCGCGUGUGACUGGCCGUAAAGCAGCUGGCGCUGCCGUGAGGCGUUGAGGUUCUCCCGAGGCCUAUAGACCCGAGCCGGAGCGCCAGGGCACUGACGAUGAGACCCGCAGCAGCGCAGCCGAACCUUCGCGUUUAGUCCGCAGCGCUCCGAGCUCGACACCAUGAUCAUAGAGAACGUGGACGCGCUGAAGUCGUGGCUGGCUAAACUGCUCGAGCCGAUAUGUGACGCAGAUCCUUCUGCUUUGGCGAACUACGUUGUUGCUUUGGUGAAAAAAGACAAACCUGAGAAGGAGCUGCGGGCGCUCUGUGCCGAUCAGCUGGACGUCUUCCUGCAGAAAGAAACCACUGGCUUUGUGGAGAAGCUCUUUGAAUGUCUCACCACCAAAAACUACCUGGGAAACCCACCAGCUAAAGAAAUUCCUAAAGAGGAGACAAAAGCUCCCGCUCCGAAGCCUGCCGAGAGUGAAGAGGCGGGUCACGUGGAGGAUGAGAAGGAAAGCCGGAGAAGGCGGAGUCCACUGAGGAAUCGUCCAGACUUUAACGAGUCGAGGACUCGGGACGACCGGCGGAGAGACGAGCGCAGACGUCGGGAGCCUGAGCGCCACGGGAAGAGCGGCGAGAUGUACAGAGAGCGGGAGCGAGAGAGGAACGACCGGAGGAGAGCAAACUCACGAGGACGCAGCCGCAGCAGGAGUCGCAGCCGCAGCAGCAGCCGGGGGAAGAGCAGAGACCGAGAGCAGAGACGAGAACACAGGUCUAAAUUCGAGCAGGAGCGGAAGGAGUCAGAGCCGUAUGCUCCAUUAUCAUCAUCGGGUCCUUUAGGAAAACCUCAGCAGCAGCUGCCACAGCUCCCCCUGCUCCCGCUGCCCCACCCUCGCUCUCCAUUCCCCCCCUCGGGCAGUCCCAACAUCCCCAGCGCCGUAACGGCUCACCUCCCCGACAGCACCACUGAGAACUGGACCACUUACUUCUCUAACCACGGCGAGGGCAAGAGCGGCACGCUGAAACACCGCUGCCGGGAUUACGACGAGAAAGGAUUCUGUGUCCGCGGUGACCUUUGUCCUUUCGACCAUGGCAACGACCCUCUGAUCGUGGAUGACGUCGCCCUGCCCACCAUGAUUCCCUUUCCUCCUCCGGUCAUGCCUCCUGCCCGCAUGCCCCUGCCCCCUCCCCCCAUGGCCGAGCCCCUCCCCAUCAUGCCCAUGCCGAUCCCUCCCCACGGGCAGCCCCCACCACCAGGCAUCUACCCCAUGGCAGGACCCCCUCUAAUCCCAGCCAGUGGGAUAGAGGCUCCGCCCCAUGCACGGACGAACACCUCCUCCCCUCUGGCUCCGCCUGGAGUAAACCCACCUCCUCCUCCACCUCCUCCUCCUCCUUCUUCUUCCUCUGCUAUUUCAUCUGCUUCUCUACAUCCUCAGUAUACUCUGUCUGAAUACAGCUAUGAUCCUGAAGCGUAUAAUCCAGAGUCUCCAGCCAUCACUGGGACGGGCCGAGCUCAGUACCGACAGUUUAUUCCUCGCAUUCAGACCCAGAGACCCAACCUGAUCGGUCUCACAUCAGGAGACACACAAAACUCCCGAGCUGCUAACAUCGUGAUCCAGACCGAGCCGUCGAUAACCAACGUCCCGGGCGGUGACACAAGACACAGCAUGGAGCUCGACAGCAGGAAGAGGGCGCUAGAGUGUACAGAUGGGCCUCAGGCCAAAAAGCCCUGGGCAGACAAGCCAAAUUUCAACAAUCAGCACAAGCCGUCUUUUCCCAAGAAGAACCACUACGUCAACACCAAACUUGAAGUGCGCAAAAUUCCACGAGAGCUUAACAACAUAACCAAACUAAACGAACACUUCAGCAAGUUUGGGACCAUCGUGAAUAUCCAGGUGGUGUUCGGAGGCGACCCGGAGGCGGCGCUGAUCCAGUACACGGCCAAUGAGGAGGCACGGAGGGCGAUUUCCAGCAUCGAGGCUGUGCUCAAUAACCGCUUUAUCAGAGUGUACUGGCACAGAGAGAACACGACACAGAACCAGGAGCAAAAUGCCAACCAGAGCGCCAGCCUCGGCACACAGAUACCCUCCGUCCAUAAGGUCAUUAAUAAGUCGCACACACCCUAUGUGCUGAAUAAGAAACCACAGAGUACCUUCUUACCCGGCCCUGCAGCCAGUCUGGACCCGCUCGGUCCCGCUCCAGAGUCCUCAUCGGCUGUUGCUCCAACACCUGCACUACAGAAAGGACUUUACUCACGGACAGUGUUUAAACCUGCACCAAAGGCACUGACCAAAACCGCCAAACCUGGCGAGGAUCAGGAAGUUCUGAAGAAGAAGCAGGAGGCGCUGAAGCUGCAGCAGGAUAUGAGGAAAAAGAAACGGGAGAUGCUGGAACAGCAGAUUGGGUAUCAAAAAAUGUUGAUAAAUCGUCUGGAGAAGAAUCGUGGUAUGAAGCCUGAGGAGCGAGCAAACAUCAUGAAGACCUUAAAGGAGCUUACGGAGAUGAUCUCUCAGCUAAAGAAUGAAAUCAGCAAUAGCAAUGUGUCUUCCAGCAACGCAGCUCAGCCCAAAACCAAAACCGACGCACAGAAGGAGCUGCUGGAUGCAGAACUGGAGUUCCACAAGAAGUUGACCACAGGAGAGGACACGACCGACCUGAAGAAGAGACUGGGACAGCUGCAGGUUGAGGCGAAGCGGUUAGGGCUGCUACCCGGAGGCCGAGCUAAGCCACCACUGAGCGCGAGUCGGGGCCGAGGCCGAGGCAGGGGGAGGAGCGGACGAGGCAGAGGAGCUUCCAGCCACAUGGUGGUAGAUCACCGGCCCCGCACCCUCGCCAUCCUGGGAGUCACUCAGGAGGAGAAGGAGGAGCUCAGGCCGCACUUUGUGAAAUUCGGAGAGAUCGAGGAGCUCCGUGACCAAGACGCCAACAGUGUGGUGAUGACGUUCAAGACUCGCAGCGAAGCAGAGAACGCUGCAAAUCAAGGUGCAAAGUUCAAAGGGCGGAUUCUACAAAUCUCCUGGUACAAACCCAAAACCCCGUCAGUCACCACUGAGCCUGAAGAGGAGGAGGCGAAGGAAGAGGUUAACGCGGAGUCGGUGAGCCCUUUUUUGCUGCCGGAGGAGGAAGAGGAAGAUGACGAUGAAGAUGAUGAUUAUGAGAGUCGCUCAUGGAGGCGAUAAACAGAAGAUCAGACAUUUAUUGCUCUUUUUGAUUGUCUAAAGUAAAGCCUUUUUAAGAAGCUUAUUUAAGUCAGUAAAUCUUUGUUUUCAGUAUUUUUUUUUUUUUUUUUUUUUUUAAAGAGUUUAAGGUUUCACUGAGACGGACAGUUUGUCUUUUUGGUCUUUUUGGACGGUCGAAAUGAACGUGAGGUAUUUAGAAGGAAUGUGUUGUACUCUAAACCCUCAGCGUAAUUUAUUAAACUCUCACUUUUGCUGAGACUGAAUUAAUUAACUGCAUUUUGUUUCACUGUGAUUGACACCUGACAAAGACUUUUGUGACUACUGUGAAGAUUUGUGGAAUCUGAUCUAAAUGAGAGAGAGAGAGAGAGAGAGAGUGACAUUAACCCAAACAGCUUCAUUAUUUCUCAUCGAUCUUUCAGAUUUGUGGUGCCACUUGAUGUAAAUAUAAACUCUCUCUCUUGCUGUGUGUGUGCGCGCGUGUUCACAGUAGGUUUUUUUCCCCUCCGAGUUGUUUAUUCAUCUAAAAGAGCUUUAAAUUGGAGUCUAACACAUUAUUAUUCUUUGUAAAGAACAUGUUAACGAUGGUGUUUUAAGUGUUAACAAUUUGAUUUCUAUCUUUUUUUGGUCUUGGACAGCUAAAUUUUUACAAGAUUUCUGAUUUAUUUUUUGUACAUUUUGUAAAUGGUUGCAAUAGUAAUGACUGUUUGCUUAAUUAUUUUAGCCAUUAGAAUGAAUGGCACAACGUUCAGAUCAAUCACUCACAUGAGUGCUUAGAUUUUUUUUUUUAUUUUAUUGUAAAAUAAAAAAAAUGCUGCAUAUAGAGGACAUGUAGGCA